CUAAUCAAGCAUAAUAAACAGGAAACAGACGGCGCAGGGCGGUUUACUUUCACUUUCAACAACGUUGUGACGCAGAUCAUUUUCUCCGUGGAAAACCUCCAUCUGAAGCUCCAUGGGUCCCAUACCGGACUCUGAGCUGGACCUGCUAGGCCUGGAGACUCGGUGGACCGGAGCGCAACUUGGAUUCCGUGUCCUCCAUUUUGUGUUGCUGACCGCAGAAUAAGAUCAGCAGGUUUAAUAGGAUCAGCAGCUGAGAUGUGUGAUGAUUACCAGAAUACGCGCCUGUUUUCGAUCAGUGAAGCAGUUUUUCCUGCCUGGAUCAGCCUGAGGAGGAGCCGGAGAGGAGCCGCUGCUCUCCACGCUCUCUGACGCACUAUAGGCGGCCUGCGCUCGGCCCAACAGCCGCUGGAGAUCCGCAGAUCUGAAUCUCUGAUAAAACAGAUGUUCUUAGUUCGCUGACAUUUUUCAGAUGAAUUAUAAGCCAGAAGCUUACAAACUAUCCGUAUAUUAACGCGUCGUAUUUGUACUUUGAGAGACAUGUAUGAGUGAUGAUAAAGAGCGACUGGAUAAUUAUUUAGUGUGACACGCAGGAGGAACUACAGCUGUAUGCCUAUUUGGACUUUAUGCUUUGAUUGAAAUUAUGUAACAUGAUAAAUCCAGGAAUGAGAAAUGAUAAUUGGUCAUUAUAUCAGGAAAAAAUAUAAAAAUAGUUGUGUUAUUGAACACCGGAUAGUUGUAUUGAUCGUUUUAUUAGGAACUUUUCUCAAUUGUAUAAAAACCAAAUAAUCAGAACAUUUCUAUUUUAGGGUUCUUAUUCAUGCCAACUCAUAGAUUAAGAAUCUUUCUAGUAAUUGUUCAUAGAAAAAUAACAGCAAACACCGAAUACAAGAUUAAUUUUCCUGUAUUUCAUAACAUUACAACCACUAGAUAGUUUCUGUAGACUAGCUACCGUGCGAGUGCCAUCUGAUGGAGGAGAAAAGUAUUACAGCUCGGAUUUCAACAUUGCAUGUCGGUCUUCACUUGUUGCAGACGGUUAAUGUGUGUUUUUUCUCUGCUUUUGACUUUAAAAACAUUAAAAUUAAUAUUGAGAUAAUCACAGAAGCAAACAUUAAGUGCUGCAGAAUAUAUGAAAUCCAUCUGAAAAAAACAUCAGAUCUCUUUUCAGCACAGUUGAUCUAUUAUGAAUUAGUGGAUCUGCAGUUUUACUUCUCUUAUAGGUGGCUGGAGUUUAAAUUAUCUGGAAAAGAAAGUUGUGGGCAGGGCCCUGCUUCAUUUGAGACCGCGUAAAAAGUGUCAUAAGGCGGCGAAAAAAACGGCGUUUUGUCAGGACAUUGAACGCCCUAGCGCGUAAAAAGCGGCGUUCACUUUUUUUUUGGCGUUCUGUGGUUGCUCUCAAAACACCGCAUUAAAUACCGUUUUGAUGGGGUUUUCAUUAAUCAUCAAGCGGCUGUCCUGUUAUUGGUCAGCCACUAGAUUUUAGGGCAUUUUACUCAACCCGUUCACUGCAGGGCAGACCCAACCACCAGAUCCAUGACCUUUGUGGACUGACAGAAAUGAUCCUACCAUUCUGGAUUAUUUAUUACAGCAUUGAUAUGGUAGAUUUGCUUAAGAGGUUGAUGGAUCACAAUAUCUUCAGAAUGGAACAAAAAUGAGACUUCCAGGUGUUGAUUGGGACAUCAGAAGAGCUGACCUUUAUGAGGUCAUCAUGGGUCAGGCUGAAGCUCCGUGUGUCCAUCUGGGUUUCCUUUGCAGGUGAAGGUUGAAUGUGAGCUGUUGAGAACUGAGCAGCAUGGAUCAGUGUGAGGACAGAGAGGACAGAGUCCCUCCCUCUAAAACCACUCUGUGUGGAGAACAUGAGGACCAGAGCAAAGUUCAGAGGAAACGAUCAGAACCAGAAUCUGGACCUGGACCCAGCUGUGUGUCCUUAAAGAGCAACAGGUCAAAGGAUCAUUUUAUUGAUUUUAAAUCAGAUCAACGUUCAGCUGCAAACAGGAUCCAACAGAACCUCAAACCAGAACCAGAACCAGAACCCAGCUGUGUGUCCUUAAAGAGCAAUAAGUCAAAGUUUCUGGAUAUUUUUUUUAAAUCAAAGCAACGUUCAGCUGCAAAGAGAGUGGACCAGCAGAACUCAGAGGUUCCCAGUGGUCCGUCUGCCCAGCAGCAUCAAACACAGCUGGACUCCAUAUUUAUGCUGCUGGAGGACAACAUUGUUACUUUUGUGAAGAACGAGCUGAAGAAGAUCCAGAAGGUUCUGAGUCCAGAUGACCCAGAAGGCUUAGAGAGUCAGUGGGGGGAUGAAGAGGUGUUGGAAGGUGAGGAUGAAGAGAAGAGGAGGAGCAACAGAGAGGCUUUUGUGAAGAUCACACUGAACUUCCUGAAGAAGAUGAAGCAGGAGGAGCUGGCUGAACGUCUGCAGAGCAAACAAGUUGCUUCAGUUUGUCAACAUAACCUUAAAUCUGGUCUGAAGAAGAGGUUCCAGUGUGUGUUUGAGGGGAUCGCUAAAGCAGGAAGUCCAACCCUUCUGAACCAGAUCUACACAGAGCUCUACAUCACAGAGGGAGGGACUGGAGAGGUCAAUGAUGAACAUGAGGUCAGACAGAUUGAAACAGCAUCCAGGAAACCACACAGACCAGAAACAACCAUCAGACAAGAAGACAUCUUUAAAGUCCCACCUGGAAGAGAUCAACCAAUCAGAACAGUGAUGACAAAGGGAGUGGCUGGCAUUGGGAAAACAGUCUUAAGCCAGAAGUUCACUCUGGACUGGGCUGAAGACAAAGCCCACCAGAACAUCCAGUUCAUAUUUCCAUUCACCUUCAGAGAGCUGAAUGUGCUGAAAGAGAAAAAGUUCAGCUUGGUGGACCUUGUUCAUCACUUCUUUACUGAAACCAAAGAAAUCUGCAGCUUUGAACACUUCCAGGUUCUGUUCAUCUUUGAUGGUCUGGAUGAGAGUCGACUUCCUCUGGACUUCCACAACAAGGAGAUCCUGACUGAUGUUACAGAGUCCACCUCAGUGGAUGUUCUGCUGACAAACCUCAUCAGGGGGAAACUGCUUCCCUCUGCUCUCCUCUGGAUAACCACACGACCUGCAGCAGCCAAUCAGAUCCCUCCUGAGUGUGUUGGCAUGGUGACAGAGGUCAGAGGGUUCACUGACCCACAGAAGGAGGAGUACUUCAGGAAGAGAUUCAGAGAUGAGGAGCAGGCCAGCAGGAUCAUCUCCCACAUGAAGACAUCAAGAAGCCUCCACAUCAUGUGUCACAUCCCAGUCUUCUGCUGGAUCACUGCUACGGUUCUGGAGGAUGUGUUGGAGACCAGAGAGGGAGGAGAGCUGCCCAACACCCUGACUGAGAUGUUCAUCCACUUCCUGGUGGUUCAGACCAAAGUGAAGAAGGUCAAGUAUGAUGGAAGAUCUGAGACAGAUCCACACUGGAGUCCAGAGAGCAGGAAGAUGAUUGAGUCUCUGGGAAAACUGUCUUUUGAUCAGCUGAAGAAAGGAAACCUGAUCUUCUAUGAAUCAGACCUGACAGAGUGUGGCAUCGAUAUCAGAGCAGCCUCAGUGUACUCAGGAGUGUUCACACAGAUCUUUAGAGAGGAGAGAGGGCUGUACCAGGACAAGGUGUUCUGCUUCGUCCAUCUGAGUGUUCAGGAGUUUCUGGCUGCUCUUCAUGUCCAUCUGACCUUCAUCAAGGAUGGAGUUAAUCUGAUGGAAGAACAAAAAAACAUUUCUGCUUUCUCUAAUUCAUCUAAUAAACCAAAUCUAACAAGUUUCCAUCAGAGAGCUGUGGACGAGGCCUUACAGAGUCCAAAUGGACACCUGGACUUGUUCCUUCGCUUCCUCCUGGGUCUUUCAGUAGAGACCAAUCAGACUCUCCUGCAAGGUCUGCUGACAAAGACAGGAAGUAGCUCACAGACCAAUGAGGGAACAGUUCAGUACAUCAAGGAGAAGAUCAAUGAGAACCUGUCUGCAGAGAAAAGCAUCAACCUGUUCCACUGUCUGAAUGAACUGAAUGAUCGUUCUCUGGUCCAGGAGAUCCAACAGUCUCUGAGUUCAGGAAGUCUCUCCACAGAUAAACUGUCUCCUGCUCAGUGGUCAGCUCUGGUCUUCAUCUUACUGUCAUCAGGAGAAGAUCUGGAUGUGUUUGACCUGGAGAAAUACUCUGCUUCAGAGGAGGCUCUUCUCAGGCUGCUGCCAGUGGUCAAAGCUUCAAACAAAGUUCUAUUGAAGAACUGUAACCUCUCAGAGAGAAGCUGUGAAGUUCUGGCCUCAGUUCUCAGCUUCCAGUCCUCUAAUCUGAGAGAGAUGGACCUGAGUAACAACAAGCUGCAGGAUUCUGGAGUGGAGCUGCUGUCUUCUGGACUGAUGAAUCCAAACUGCAAACUGGAAACUCUCAGACUUAGAUCCUGUAACCUCUCAGGGAGAACUUGUGAAGUUCUGUCAUCAGUUCUUAGCUCCCAGUCCUGCUGUCUGAGAGAAGUUGACCUGCAGAACAACAACCUACAAGAUUCAGGGGAGAAGUUGCCGUCUGGUUCAGACUGUACACUGGAAAUAUUCAGGAAGCCUGAUGGAGUCCGAUGGUUGAAACCAGGUCUGAGGAAGUAUUCCUGUCAGCUCACAAUCGACACAAACACAGUGAGCAGGAAACUCCAACUGUCUGAAGACAACAGGAAGGUGACAUAUAUGGAGGAGCUUCAGUCAUAUCCUGAUCAUCCAGACAGAUUUGAUGAUUACUGGUGUCCUCAGCUGCUGUUUAGUGAUGGUCUGACUGGUCGCUGUUACUGGGAGGUCGAGUGGAGAGGAGAUGUUUUUAUAUCAGUGAGUUACAGAAGAAUCAGGAGGAAAGGAGACAGUGAUGACUGUUUGUUUGGAUUAAAUGAUCAGUCCUGGAGUCUGAGAUGCUCUGAUGGUGGUUACUCUGUCUGGCACAAUAAAGAAUUUACAUUCAUCUCCUCCUCCUCCUCCUCCUCUUCCUCCUCCUCCUCUUCCUCCACCUCCUCCUCCUCCUCCUCCUCCUCCUCCUCCUCCUCCUCCAUCUCUAACAGAGUAGCAGUGUAUGUGGACUGUCCUGCUGGUAUUCUGUCCUUCUACAGAGUCUCCUCUGACUCACUGAUCCACCUCCACACCUUCAACACCACAUUCACUGAACCUCUUUAUCCUGGAUUCUGGAUCAGUUCUGGUUCUGGUUCCUCAGUGUUUCUGUGUUGAGUCUAAAGAGUCUCCUCCUGUCAGAGAAACACUCUCACUGUUGAACAGAUAGUUCAGUCUCUACAUGUCUGUCUCUUUCACUCAGAAACAUUUUCACAUUCAGUCGGUUUCUUUCUGAAACUCUUGGAAAAGAUUCCUUGUAAACUUCGUCCUCUUCCAGUCCUUUAAAGAUGGUUCUUUACUGGUUCUUUACUGGUUCUUUACUGGUUCUUUACUGGUUCUUCACUGGUUCUUUACUGGUUCUUUACUGGUUCUUUACUGGUUCUUUACGUCUCUUCCAGUAAAUGUUUGAUCCUGGCUCUUAAUAUCACCAUCAGAAGAAGUUUUAACAUUUCUAUCUCCAAUCUUUUCUGUCAUGUUUCUUGUUUGUGUCACUAAUGUAGUUUUUCUUCAUCUGAUCUGAACAGUUUUGUACUUUAGUCCCAGAUAAACAGGCUGCCUCCUCAGGAUCUGUGGGCUGUGAAGCUCAGGGUUUCUGGAACUGAUUUGUGAUGAAAAAUGAUGACGUGAGUGGAGCUGCUGUUUUAACUGCCCAGGUGGUUGUUCAGUUCCUCACUGUUAGUAUCUGCUAUGUUUUAAUGAGCCAGAUCAGUUCACAAUAUGACUUCUGAUGAGACUGUUCCUAAAAGAAGAAUCAUUCCAGACUAUCUGUGGCUGAACUGCAGAUGAUGGAAAUGUAAAUAUUGGAGAAUAAAACAGUAUUUGCUACCAGU